AUGAAGCCGCGCAGGGGGGCUGGGAGCUGCACCCCGAAGCCAGAGAAGAAGGCCCCUGCGUCUGAGUGGCAGGGCGUAAAGCAGACCCCCAUCGUGUUGGCCCUGAUCAAGGGCCCGGGACCUGCCCGCUACCUGCGGCCAUCCUGCACAGGUUAUGUGGGUCAUGACGCCUCCAUGUUCUGCGAGCCGGCAUAUACGCUACAUACCAGGCACUCAGACAAGCGGAUCUCGGAUGUGUGCAGCCCAGGCCCCGGGUACUUCUUGGAUCCCAGAAUAACUCGCUUUGGAAUGUCCAGCUGCUCCCAGGUCCCCAUGGAAGGGCGUGUUUGCAACCUGCGCCUGAGUCCCAUUCCAGCACCUUGCCAUUACCAGCACGACCAGGGCGCCCCUCCGGCGGAGCGUCGGGCUCCCCAGUAUACCUUUGGCCAGCGAUGUCCAUACCGAGUGAUGGACCCCAACCCGGCUCCUAACCGCUACCAGCUGCCCGUCUUGCUGGGGCCCCACACCCCCGUGCACCGAGCUGCACCCUGCUACAGUCUGGCCUCCCCGGACAAGAACUGGUUCUACAAAGAGGACGUGGCUGGAGGUCCUGGGCCCGCUGCACACGCCAGGCCUGAGCCCUCUGUCUACCUGAACCGCAGCCCAGUUCACCGCAUGGCAGAGCGCUUCGCCUACCCACUGGACCACACAACUCGGCCUGGCCCCGGCUCCCACAACGUCCAGCAGGUGACCGUGCAUAAACCUCGCACCCCGGCCUUCAGCAUGGGCGUGCGCCACUCGGCCCACCUGUGUCCGCUGGUGGUCGACAUCCGUGACUGA